GGCAAAAACAAGCGGGCAGGUAAAUAAAUCCCAUUGUGGGACUUCGAUCGUUUUUGGUUUCAUGCCGAUAAAGAACAAGGGAGCUUCUGGGGCCAUUGUUCACGGGGACCCGAAAGUAGAGCCCUAACCAAUUUACAGGCAGAAGGCAACUAGAAUGAGCUGAAUGGCGUCGUACGGGUACCAUGGUUACAAGGAUGACGAGGCCCACAGCGUCUCUAGAAACGGAACUCCUCACCGAGUUUCCCAUGCAAUCAACGAGCUAUCUCAAGAUGAGGGGAGAGAAUUCCAGGAAUUUAGGAGAAGCAUGGGUUCUGGUUUUACUGAUAGGAUUGUUGGGAGUUUCACAAAACAAAUGGUCAAACUAGCCGUGGAGCAACUGAAGCCGGAGUUUGAAAGAAUGGCGCUGGAGGCCGCGGGAAAAGCGCUGGAAAACAAGAUGGUUACCAUCAAAGAAAUGCAGAACGACCUCAACAGAAAAGAGCAAGAGUUAAAGAGAUUGCAGCUGGAGAAGAAAUUACUGCAGGCGAAAUUUGAGAAGGAGAAAAUCAAUCGCGACCUGGCGUCCAUAGUUGAUAACAAGGAAAAGGAGAUUAAAAAACUUGAGGCGGAUAUCGGAGGCCUGCGCGGGAAGCUGCGCAGAAAGGCGGAAGAAUUGAAGAAAGAAAAGGACAGGGCAACGGAAGAGGAACAAAGACGUGUAGAGAUAGAAACCAAAUUCCAGACGGAAAUUGAGAAACUGAAAAGGGAAUUGGAUCGAGUGAAAGGUCAGCUCGGACAAAUAAGGUCCGCCAAAAAUGUCGGAGAUGAAGAAACCCGGAAGUUGCGUGAUCGUGAGCGCGAACUGUUGCAGGAACUGGAAGACAUCAAGAAACAACAGUCGCUUAGAUUCCUCAGGAAAAAGAUAGGAAACUAGUGUGAAGCCAUCUGCUGAUACAGGGCAAAACAUCCAAACACAAUCGUCUUAAUGGAUAAUUGUUAAACAUAAAAAAAUAAAUGCAUUUUUUUUUUUGCAUUUCGAUAUGUGAUUAUCAGACAUGUUUUGAUCAGGUGGGCUGCGUGUAUGUUAAGGAUAUUCUGCUAUUGUUCUGGCUGUGUGUGGCUUAGGUGGCUACUUUGUUAUGUAUUGUUUUUUUCUGUGGAUAACUUUAAAUUAUUGCUUUAACUGUUAACGUUGGUGAUUUUUUUUUUUAAAUUUUCACAGUUCAUUUAAUUGUAUGAUUAUCACAUUUACUUAAUGACAUAUUAUA